AGCCCAUCGGUGGAGGCUUCUAUAGGAGAUCGGGAAGAUUGUAGUCUAGCUUGACAAACCCAGCACAUCCAACGUCAAGAGCAAUGGCUGACCAACUCACAGAAGAGCAGAUUGCCGAGUUCAAGGAGGCUUUCUCCUUGUUCGACAAGGAUGGGGACGGUACCAUCACCACCAAAGAGCUGGGCACAGUCAUGCGCUCCCUGGGUCAGAACCCCACAGAGGCCGAACUGCAGGACAUGAUCAACGAGGUGGACGCAGACGGCAACGGCACCAUUGAUUUCCCAGAGUUCCUUACCAUGAUGGCCAGGAAAAUGAAGGACACAGACAGCGAGGAGGAGAUUCGUGAAGCCUUCCGAGUCUUUGAUAAGGAUGGGAAUGGCUACAUCAGCGCGGCAGAACUGCGUCACGUCAUGACAAACCUGGGAGAGAAGCUCACAGACGAAGAGGUGGACGAAAUGAUCAGAGAAGCGGACAUUGAUGGAGACGGACAGGUCAACUAUGAAGAAUUUGUACAAAUGAUGACGGCAAAGUGAAGCCCUCCUGUCCUCUCCUGACCUCCUUAGAAGACAAAAAAAAUCAGUCAAAUGUUUUACUUACCUCUUGCAAAAAUAUUCAUUUAUUCAUACUGUUUCUGUAUAGAAAACAUAACUGAAUGUUGAAAAUGAGAAAAUCUGUCCAUAUUAAGGGGGGAAAAAAAGAUAUAUUUAAAAAAAAAAAAAGCAAACAAAAAUUAUCUGCAUGUACUGGUUAGUGGUCCUGUUCCCAAAGAGAUCUGCUUUAGACAUCUGUAAUAACGAGAAAUAAUACUUGUAAACAAAACCUUUUGGAAACGUAAAGAAAGCACUUGGCGAACUGCUUACAUGUUCCAUUUGCUAAUGGCAAUGUUUGGGCUGGCCAGUUGUCUUCUUCCUGUUUCUGUUUUUCAUGCAUGCAGUUGAGACUGGAGCCGUAGUCCAGCAAGCUCCCUGGCGAUGUGGGAUCAUGUUUGGGGUGGGGGAUUAGGUACAGUCUGUAUUUACAGAGAGAAAAAUCGGUUUUGGGGGUGGGGGGGGGGUAGGAAAUGAACUUGCAUAGAGGAGGAAUGAAUGGGACCUUUGCAGUUUGCUUAAAAAAAAAAACUAAACAGAGAUAUUUUUAAGAAAAUGAGCAUUUUAAAAAAAAAAAAAAGAUUUUAAACUAUGUUUGGCAUGUCGGGACAUUUGGAAUUUUGUUUCCUUGUGCGUUGAAACGGGAGCGGGUUUUUGCGGGCGGGGGAGGGGCAGAGUUUCAGAGUUUUGGACUCAUCACCUUAUGUGCGAGUCUUAGUUUUAGGCAAGGGAACGCGGUUGUACCAUAAACGUUUCUAUCUUCUGUUUUCUCGACUCUGACCGUGAGCGUGUUGACUUUUAUCUGGAGCACGUAGAGGUUUCACCACCAGAGUCUACUCUGGACUGUCUGUCUUGAGUUCAGUUUACAUUCAUUCCAAGUUGUACAUGCUAGUCUUUUAAUUUUUUUUCCAAUAAAAGACCAUGAACUUAA